CCAGUAGCCAUUUACCAUAUGGCGUCUGUUGUUGGUUUAUGACUAAGGGGUCAUUUGUCAAGUUCACAAUUGCAAGAGUUUCGUUUGGGUGGGCGUGCGAUUGCAGCCUACAGGAGUUAUACGAACUCAUGGGGAGAAUUUUUCUGGUGGAUUUAGAAGGCAGAUGUUACCGGUGCAGAUUCUGCGACACCCCUCUUGGUCUCGCCGAUGAUGUUCUUUCUCGGACUUUUAAUUGUCGCAAAGGGAGGGCAUAUCUGUUCAGCAACGUGGUGAACAUAACAGUUGGGGCAGUGGAAGAAAGGGAGAUGCUUUCUGGUAUGCAUACUGUGGAGGAUAUAUUCUGCUGUUGCUGUGGACAACUGCUUGGGUGGAAAUAUGUGACAGCACAUGACAAAGGCCAAAAGUACAAGGAAGGAAAAUUUGUUCUUGAAAGAUGGAGGAUAGCAGAGGAGGUGACCGAGGAAUUCAAUUUGGAAGCUCGAACAGCUCGACCUGGUUCAAGUGAUGCUGAUAGUCAUUAGGAAUCUGCUGCAACUUAGUGAAAAUGAAUGUGAAAAAUGACAGCAUACAAGUUUUAUUCACAAAUUAGAACUUUAGGAGCUAUAAGUUAGAGCCCUUUCGGAACCUUUUUGAAAUAUAUGUAAAAAGCGCAGGUUGGUGGAGUGCAUCUACAGAUUUGAACUUUGAUUUGAGCUCAGAUGUGAACCUAUACAAGUAUUUGAAAGGGAUUAAUAACCAGAAAUGCCAAUUUCUUUGUUGUGGUA